UGUGUAGAAAGUAUAACCCACACGAAUAAAAUUGAUUGUACGUCACUGACAUUGACAUCACCGUGUCACAAGAUUUUAAAAGUUUUUAUAAAUACGAAAAAACAUCCGAAAAAAUAGUAUUUUUCUAAAAGCCAUAAAAUGGAUAAUGAAAAGCAAAAAGACGAACUCACAGCAUUGGAAAGCAUUUACACUAAUGAGGAAUUUUCCUUUAAACAGGAAAACAAUCAAUACGAAUGUACACUAAAGAUAUUUUUAACUCUCUCCGAAGAUUUCUAUUUUUCCUAUAAAGACAUACGACAAACUGAUCAGGAACCAACGAAAGUUAAUAUUUCACAUCUCCCACCGAUAACCGUUUUAGUGACAUUGCCACCAGAUUAUCCCUCAUUAUCACCGCCGAACUUCACUUUAAUUUCCUCUUGGCUAAGACCACCACUUUUAUCGAAACUCUGUCAAAAAUUAGAUCAACUAUGGAAAGAAACAGAGGGUGCGGAAAUUCUCUUUACAUGGUUCGCAUUCCUACAGAAUGAAACAUUGGAAUUUUUAAAUCUUAAGGAAACUUUGAAUAUCAAUCAAACUUACACAAGGUACAAAAUAGCAUUAGAUAAUCAACUACUCACAACUGUGACAGCAGAGGAAACAACAGUGACAACAAGAAAUCUACAACAUCCAAAUGAAAUGAUGACAAAUUCAAAGCGAAAUUUCAUUUCAAAGAAAAGUAAAAAUAAGAGACACAAAAAUAGAUAUUCAUUCGAUAAGAGAGCUGUUUUUGAUCGACCGGUCAGUAGCAAUCCAGUUCAAAUGCUAAUUGACUAUAAUGAAAUGCGCAAUGAAAUUGAAUUUAAAAGGAACUUUUAUACGUGUAAAAUUUGUUUUGCCGAUAAAUUGGGCAUUGAUUGCACGCAAUUUAUUCCUUGUUCUCAUGUGUUUUGUAAAGAAUGUAUUGUUGGAUAUUUGGAGGUGAGAAUUAAAGAUGGUGCUGUCCAGGAUAUACUCUGUCCUGAGGAUAAAUGCUCCUCGGAAGCAACGCCCGGACAAAUAAAAGAUUUAGUGAGUCCGGAAUUGUUUAGCAAGUACGAUUCGAUUUUGCUCAGUGCAACUUUAAGCACAAUGACAGACAUUGUUUAUUGUCCGCGACGUCACUGCCAAUAUCCCGUGAGUCGAGAAGCCAACGAAGUUUUCGCCACAUGUCCAGCCUGUCAAUAUGCCUUUUGUCUAUUUUGUAAAAUGGUCUACCAUGGAAUUGAACCCUGCAAAAUGAAUUCUGCUGAUAAACAAAGUUUAAUGAAAGAAUAUAAAAAUGCAUCACCUGAGGAAAAACUUCAACUGGAGAAACGAUACGGGAAAAAGCAAUUACAACUUAUGAUCGAUAAUACCAUGUCGGAAAAUUGGAUAACUAACAAUAGCAAAAAUUGUCCUCACUGUAAAGUCGCUAUUGAGAAAUCUGAUGGAUGUAAUAAAAUAACUUGCGGGCAUUGUAAUACAUUCUUCUGUUGGCUCUGCAAUACUCGAUUGGACCCACGUGAUCCGUAUCAACAUUAUCGAAAUCCAAAUUCAAGUUGUUUCAAUCGAGUGAAUCAAGGAAUUUUAAUGAACUUGGGCGAUGACGACGAUGACGACGAUAUUGAUGAUGACAGUGAUGAGGAUCCUACAUUUAUUGAUGGUGAAUUCAUUGAUUUCUCGGACGAUGACACUUCAAUGGAUGAAUACGAAAUAGAUGAUUUAUGAAAAAUAUCAUCGUCCUUUACUUUCACUUCUUUCUAAAAUUGUUUUUUUUAAAUCUCUUUUGUUUAGCGAAAAACAUUCAAAAUGCUAAUAUAUAUUUUAUUUUAAUAUUUCGAAAUUGUUUGCUAUAAAAGUAAUUUUUAUUUAAUAAAUAUAAUUUAAGGCGCCAAAA